GAACAAGCACUUAGACCCCAGACUCCAACCAACCACUUCACACAAGAAAGAAAGAAAGAAAGAAAGAAAGAGUUUUGAAUGGCGAGUGAAGCGGAGGAGAAGAGCUACUGGGGAAUGAACGGACGAGCGUGUGACACGUGCAGGGGAUCACCGGCUCUGAUCUACUGUAGAGCAGAUUCGGCGUUCCUCUGCGGCACGUGCGAUGCGCGUGUGCACGGGGCGAACCGUGUCGCGUCCCGGCACGAGCGUGUUUGGGUUUGCGAGGUUUGCGAGCAAGCUCCCGCCGCCGUCACCUGCAAGGCCGACGCGGCGGCGCUCUGCGCCGCCUGCGACGCCGACAUCCACUCCGCCAACCCCCUCGCUCGCCGUCACGAGCGCUCACCCAUCGUCCCCUUCUUCGACUUCCCAGCCACCAAAACCCUCCUCUUCAAACCCUCCGACGACGAUGACGACGCUGUCGCCGUCGACCCCACCGCUGCCGCUGCUGAAGAAGCCGAGGCCGCGUCUUGGAUCUUACCAAACCCUAACCCUAACCCUAAUCAUAAGGGGAUGGAGAUGCUAUUUGGGGAUGUAGAUCCGUACCUGGAUUUCGAUUAUGCCGCUCCGGUGAUGGAUAGCGUCGUGCCGGUGCAGACGAAGGUAAUUGGUGGCUCCGGCGGUGCUCCGCCGGUUCUCGCCACGGAUGGAUGCAUCGAGCUUGAUUUCACCCGGGCCAAGGCUUCUUAUAGUAGCUACAACACCACCCACUCCUUCAGCCACAGCGUAUCAUCGUCGGAGGUGGGAGUGGUGCCGGACGGGAACGGGAACGCGAUGGCGGAUGUGACCAACCCUUACGGAAGCGCAGGGAGGCCAUCGGCGGCGGUGGUGGCGAUGGAUCGAGAGGCGAGAGUGAUGCGGUACCGAGAGAAGCGCAAGACUCGGAGGUUCGAGAAGACGAUCCGCUACGCAUCUCGCAAGGCCUACGCCGAGACACGGCCACGGAUCAAGGGCCGCUUCGCUAAGCGAUCGGAGAUCGAGACGGAGAUCGAUCCCAUCUUCUCCUCCGGCUCCGGCGCCGGCGUCGCCUCUACCGCCUUCAUGAUCGAUCCCGGCUAUGGCGUUGUUCCUUCCUUUUAAUCAAAAUGAUCUCAACCGUUGGAUGAGAUCUGGAUCUGGAUCUGGAUCUCUCGCUCUCUCUGUUUUUAUAUAUAUAAUUUUUUUUUUGUUAUUUUAAUAAUUCUGUAAAUUAUGCUUAGUUAUUUUACUCGUUGGAAAAACGAGUUUUUUUUUUUUUUUAAUUUCUGGGCUUUUUUGGGGACCAGAAUGGGAAACGUUUUAAUGUAUCAUGUAUGCAACUAGUUUUGUUUUAUGGGAAACGAGUUCCUAGUUAAUAGACUUUUAA